UCCUUAGUGUGGCGUGUGUCUCAGCCUACUCCUGUGCGUAAGAGCGCACCGAUGGAUAUGUAAAGUGAUGCACUCCCGAAAACGAGAAAUCUGAGCCUGCAAACGCCUUUCUGAAAAGGCGUGUAGAUGCGCAACAGAGCGCGCGUUGGAGAGCAGUGAGUUAGAUUAAAUCAAGUUCAUUCCACGGUGAUUGUUUUUACUCUGCGCGUUUUUGUUGUUGUUUUUCUGGACGAUGAUAUGUUAAUAAAGAUGUUCAUCAGCGCGGGUGACUGUGCGUUGCUAUUUGGAUGUGUGUUUCUGGACUUUUCAGCAUAUCAUGACCGUGCGCAUUUUUUCCUCUCUCCAAAUCUUUUUGUUUCUGCGUGAAGUUGAACGGAGGGAAAAGCACGAUGAGAGGGAAAUACUUUCUUCUUGGCUUCUUCUUGAUCAAACUUAUGGCUCUUGUUUGCAAGGCUGACGGGGAGCCAGGACUGCUCGGAGGAUUCGUAAUGAUCGCCACCUCAAACGGCUCCAGGGAGGAGGAGAGCGUAUCAGAGGAGACCCCGCACACGGAGGACAAAUGUCGGGGUUACUACGACGUGAUGGGCCAGUGGGACCCGCCGUUCAUCUGCAAAACGGGCAAUUAUCUGUACUGCUGCGGCACCUGUGGCUUCCGCUUCUGCUGCUCCUACAAGCACUCGCGGCUGGACCAGAGCACCUGCAAAAAUUAUGACACUCCGAUGUGGAUGAAGACCGGACAGACUCCUUACAAAAAAAUGAACAAGAUGCACGACAGCACCAAAGACAAAACGAACUUAAUUGUUUACAUCAUAUGUGGAGUAGUGGCCAUUAUGGCUCUUGUGGGGAUUUUCACCAAACUGGGGCUGGAAAAGGCGCACCGGCCUCAGAGAGAGAACAUGUCCAGGGCCGUCGCCAGUGUGCUGCAGGGCGGGUGUCCAGGUGAGCAGUAUCGGGGGGAGGAGGCCCUAGGGAUGCAUUCGCAGCACUAUGCUUCCAGGGCCACAAAUCUCCAGAGUGGUCAGAUCAACAACAACAUGGGACCGGGCUCGAACAUUGGCCAGCAGCACCCUUACCCUGCUCUCAGCCAGCUGGCUCAUGUCUACGAACAGCAACAACAACAGCAGCAACAGCAGCAACAGCAGCAGCAGCAAAACAAGGACAUCAACAAGUACGCCUCCCUGAAGGCUGUGGCUGCCAAGUAUAACGGUGAAAUCUACAAGCGUCGGUUGAUGGUCGAGCUGCCAACAAAAGGUGGGCUUCCCCUCCAGCCCAUGGGCAACUCCAGACCCUCCAUGGGCAACAUGUCAUCAAUUACUCCUCCAAUGACUACCAACCCCAUGGCUUCUAACCCGAUGACCUCCAAUCCCAUGAACCCCACCAUCACCCAGAUGACCUCCAUGACCCCAAUGACAUCUAUGAUGCCCAUGACCUCCAUGACCCCAAUGACCUCUAUGACACCCAUGACCUCUAUGACACCCAUGACCUCCCUCACCCCAAUGUCCUCCAUGACCCCUAUGACCUCACUGGGUCCACUGACUCCUGAGCCAGUGGCCACCUAUGUCACUGAGAUACCCAGCAUCUCCUCUGUCUCAACCCUCCCAACAGAAAGGCACAUAGCUGGUGGUGGAGGAGGAGGAGGAGGAGGGGGACUCAAGCCAAAUGGCCACAAACCCAAAGGCAGUCACGGUCACGUUGCCCACAGCUCUCACAGCUCUCACACUCAUGCUCACAGCCACAGUAGCAAGCCGCCAGGACUGGGGGCUACCUCCCUGGCACACAGGUCGGGGACAAUGCCAGGUGGAACAUCUCUGGGCGUCUCCAGGGCUGCAGAGACCCCCAUUGGCUCCAGCUCAGCUACAAUGGGCCGCCCAUUGGUGUACAGUUCCAACACAAUUGCGACUGGGCAUGCUAUGGGGCUGGGGCUGAAGGGCUGGGAUGGGACUGAGACGGUGGGCCGGAGGAAGACCUAUGGGCACAAGAGGCCUCAGUGUACCAUUCUGGAGCCCAACCAGCUUCAUGGCUCCAGAGGCCACAGCCACAGUCAACACUUCCUCCCCACACAGCCCUACUUUGUGACCAACAGCAAGACAGAGGUGACUGUGUGAGAGAGGAAGAAAUGAAGACAGGUGGAAAGGAUGCAUGUAGAGUGAUGGCACAAGUAAUGUCAUGAACUGAGACACCAAACUCCUGGGGUGUCAAAGGUGCAGAUCUUUGUGUGUGUUUGUGUGGCUCAUUGGUAUACUGGUGAAUGUGGUGGGACAGUGAUGUUGUGUCCGAGUGGUCCUCGUAUCACAAACAGAGAGUUCACCCAUCAAAUGAACUGACCAUUAUUGUCAAGAGGUUGGCAUCUAACUUGGUGGCAUCUGUAACCAUAACUUCAAACAGCCUACAGAGCAGAAAUGUCUGUACACUUGUGCUGAUACAAGAGUGUUGUCUCUACUUGGUAAUGAUAACACUAUCUGAGUAUUAACAGUGCAACUAUACACAGAUGAUAAAGUGGGAAACUGCUGAUAAUAAAAUGGAUCGGAUUUACAAACCAAAUCUGAGAAGCAAUAUAAGGGAUCAAGUGUAAAGCACUGAAGCAUUGUGGGAAUGAUGAAGUACAGCAAAAGUUUACCCACAAACCUUGCAUCAAGAAUUCUGCUCAUCUGUCCAAUAAAGUGUUGAAUGGUUUGGAAGAAAGGACAUUCCCUUAUGAUUAACUCCCAAAUCUCCUGAGGGCUUUGAAACAGACACACACACAUGACUGAGGGCACUGAGCUUUGGACUACACACAUGCCGGGCUUUGUACUGUGGCUAUUCAGAAGCGCCUUCAUAAGCUCUGCAGCUGAAGGUCGCCCUUUUCCACAAGGCUCCAGGACACAGAAUGGAAGCUGUCACACUGGCAUUGUUCUGGUCUGAUCUCGUCUGUGUGGUGACAGCUGGCCCAGAGGAGGGAUCAGGAGGCAAGGAGGCAGCAUCUGGAAGAUGCUACAGCUAGCAGAGGCUCCUCGGAGCAGGAUUCUCGUACACACAAAUCCACACAUUCAUGCACAUGCAGACAUGUUUUCACACACACAGAAAUGUAUACUGUAGAAAUGCCAAACACCAGGAUUUCACUAAUAUGGGAUUUGAAAGAGUGAUACAGAUAAAUGUAGAACUAAGCUACAGAUAGCAGAUAUUUUCUUUGAUAUCUUUAAAUGUGACAGUUUUCAUUGCAAAAGCGUGUCUCCUUAGUGUCUCCCUAAAAUCAGAAUAAGCCAGUUAAUGACAAGGUACAGCUUUGGAUGCUUAAAUACUUGGUCAGGAAUGGCUUAAUCAUACUGGUUGUGGACAAAAUGUCAGAAUUAAAUAGCAAAUAUGUUUUGCUUAUGUAUGAACAGAGAAAUUAUAUAAAAUACACAGUAAAUAUGACAUGAAAUGUGGGUUCAUUGAGCAACUAUAUUCCUAACUUAUUUCAUGCACCCAGCAUGUUAUUUCUACCCAGAAUCUGUAUAGGAUGUUAAUCUUCUCUAGUUUUAGAUAAAAGCAAGAAACUUACUGAGCAAAGUGGGUGUAACAGGAAUAAAAAUAUCACGAGAAACUAGGCUUGAUUAGAUCACUCACUGUACUCGAGCUCUUGCUGAAAAAAACAUCACAACCAACGAGGAAAAAAACUUUCUGGGUUACAUGACUCAAACAUAAAAAUAAAUCCUUAAGUCUGACAAAUAGGCCAUAUCUUCUAAGGGCUUCUCCAAGCCUAUUUGCUUGUUUUGUCAUCAUGUGACACUUAAUAGCAGCUGCAGCCACAGUUAUCAUUUUGACAUUCUUAUCUAAAGUGCUGCUUCCACCUCUAAGACCCUCUUUACAUUUUCAAUUGAGAUGCAUUUUUAAGUGAUCUGGUUUUAAUGCUUAUCCACACUAAAAUGAAAAUGUGAAUGCACCCAAGACACAGUGAGGAAGCAUUAUGAUAGGACUGCUUAAACCAUCUCUGGCGGUGUCUUGGAAAUUGUGUCCAGAUCCAACUACAUCACAAGCAAAAAAAAAAAAAAAGAAAAAAAAAGAAAAUAAAAGGUGAUGGUCAGUACUGUACCAACAAAUACAGAUCGUCAGGUCAUUGUUGCAUACAGAACAAGCAAAAAAGGGUAUUGUUUGCCAAUUUUAAAGCUUGUAAAUAUACGAGGAAGAGGUGCACAUGACAAUCUGUUGAUACAAAAAGACAUUGGAUUUCAGUGUGACACAUUUUUUUGGGAGCUCCAGCUGAGCUAUACUCAGUUUGGUUGCACUGUGUAUUCGAACUGCAUGUAGAGCAGAGGCGCAAAGGGGGGCCUAAUACUACAGCUUCUAAAUCAAAAGCCGGAUGAAACAACAAAGCCAGCUGAGCAUAAGAUAAGGGGGUCUCAGGCAGGAAAUAUUUUUUGCCUCAUGCUGUGGAACCCCCGUUGCCUUGAUGGUCACAUGACUGGAAACGUGAAACCAAAUUGAAGGCAUGGAACAGGAUUUAAGAAGUCAUCAGAGUGUUGAAAAUGUGUCACCUCUACACCCACACCUGACACACUCACCCAUUCAUUCACACACACACACACACAGAAAUCAUUACAGGGUGGACUCUGCUUUCCUUCUGCUCCCACAGUGCCGAGCAGCAGGCGUCAUCAAGGCAGGGAGACAAAGAGUCAGCACUGUUACUGCGCCUGUUGUACAUGAAAGACUGUGAAACUCCAGACCUUGGCCCUUUGUAGCGAUAAUUGAUAAUAUGCUUUUUAUAUAUAAGGAUAUACAUAACUUUUCUCUCUUUAUUUUCAUCUCUUCUUCUUCACUUCUUUUCACCCUUUCUUCUUCUUUGCUCCCUCCAUGUCUGAAUGGAAGAAAAAAAAAUACCCACAAGAAUCAAAAUUGUGAUGAAUCUUUUUUGUGAUGGUGGAGUACAGUCAUGAUGAGACAGUGAAAAAUAAUAAUUCACCCUUACUUUCAAUUCACGAUUGGUUUUGGUUUUGGUUUCUCCCUGUGCAUUGUUCUAGCAGGAAAUGUAAGUGAUUGAUUCUGUGUGCCAAAAAAUGUAAUUCAGUUUGCAGUUUUGUACCGUUGUGUGUCCUCUUGAACACUGCACACAUUUCUCUCUCUUUAGAACUUUUUGUAUGUCUGUGUGUGUGUGUGUGUGUAUGAAUCCAACUUUGGCAUAUGAUUAUUGUCUCUGAAGAAGUCAACACUCAAACAAACAAACCAAACAAAGCAAAUCAUAUAUAAAUGGAGUUCACAAUCCCAUAAACCUGUCUGCGUCCGAUGAGAAUCCUUUUCAGAUUUAGUUGUUUUUUCCCCUCCUCCUUGUAUUUAUUUCCUCCUUUUCUUGACAGCUGGUGGUUUUGUUUGUGACAGAGUUGAGAAGCAGGUCAAUGUUUGCUCAGGAUGUGCAUUAUCGGACCCAAUUGACUUAAUCCAGCAAGGCAGAGAUGUGGAAACAUAAACCUUCCGUGCCACCCCGUACUGCCCCGUCCUUAAAGCUCAUUCAGCUCUGCAAAAGCAGCGACUGGAACAAUGGUAAGCAGGCAGGCCAGUGGAAACAGUUGGUUAACAAAAAAUUCCCCCUUCCCUCACCGUAAGAGCCAAAAUAAACCUGGUAGAAAGCGGUGCAUUGGUUGUGCUGGCUGUAUCACGGCUGAUAGAGUCAGGGCCACAGAUGAGUGGGUUCAGGAAGCAGUCAUGUCUGACAUUUUUCAUCAGACGAGUCAGUCAAACAAAAAAUGCCGCAGCAGAGACAAAAGGACACAGGUUGUCCACAGCUUCAAAACAGCCAAUUCAGUAGCAGAGCCAGGAGGGGUUCUGGAAACAAUCAGUGUUCAUCAUUUGUUUCAUCAUAUUCGUUGUUUAUGCCAGCUACCCACUUUCUACACCAUUAUGUCGGACAAAGAUGCUCUUAUCUUCAGCAGAAUACAUAAUAAGCCAUCGUGAACAGUUUAUAGUUAUUGCCAUAUGGUAUCAUCCAUAAAAUAUAAAUAUUACACUCAACAAGUGGUUUUGCAAUGGCCUGAUCGUACCAACAUUUUGAACUGCAAAAUUUCACCCUGAAAUGUAUUAAUUUUAAUGGCUUUUCUGUCAUGUGUAAACCCACUCACAUUUUUUGCGGUGAGUUCAAUCUUUGGUGAACUUUGCAUUGAGAAGUUGUGCUGCUGACCAAUAGCAAACCUUCACAUCCAAGCUGUUGUUGCUUAUUAGCUGUGUGGUGCCAUUCACUUUUAUUUAACCUCCUCUUCUGCACUACAAGCCGCUCCAUCGUAAAUGUUUGAAUUUCAGACAGCUUGUCACAGGAGCUGAUGGCACAGAUAUGUCUUUAUCAUCCCUUUAGCAACCUAGCUUCCCCCGACUUCAGUAAACCGUAAUGUUUGCAGAGUCAACCUCUUAGUCAACUCUCAGUGUCUUACUAUCUAACAUAAAACUGCCAAAUAAAACUGCCAAAUGAGUUCCAAAUUUAGUGAUGACCACUCAGUGUGAACUCAUUUCUCCAGACUAUUCAGGUUCUGCUUGCCUUGUUGGCGCAUUCAUUGUUAUUUUUUUUUCUCCAUGUCUGAAUGGAAGUCAAAUGAGGAGUGUAGGUGCAAUUGGCCUAAUUAUAGGAAUCAGACCCAUGUUAGAGGGGUGCAGUGCUUCACCGGCACAUUGAUCAACAACAGGGGCAGGAGCACGAAUCAGGCCGGUCAAGCAUGCAGCCUCAGGUUGUGCGGUAUUAACACUUUAGCUGAAUAUGCUUUGAUCUUUGGACCUGGAGUUAAUAACAAAUAUUAUAUUGUGUUUUUUACUGAUGCGUUAUUUUGACUGAAUUUAUCCCCUGCUUUUUCAGUAAAAAUCACAAAGUGGGGCCACAAUAGAGAAGAAGUGAGACCUGUUCCUCUAGCCAGUUUACUCAACCAAAUUUAAUUGACUUAUUAUUUAAUUUAAUCUCAACAUUCAUAGAAUUCACCAGGCUUUCCUCUUUUGUCCCUUUGAAUUAUUUUGCACUGAAGCAUGGCAGAGCAGCUACCUUGGAAACGUGAAAGCUGAUAACGUCUUUUUUUUAUUUUAUUUUACUAUAUAUUUUCCUGCAUUUAUAUAUCUGUACAACUGCCAGCACACUUUUGCCCUUGCCACUGCUGACCCCUUCUGUUCUCCUGUGGAGAUUCAUAUGUGUGGUAUACAGCCUCUUCUUUUCACCCAGUGAAGAGGAGCUUUACAGAAAAUACUUUGGUUAUCGUACCCCACCCCAGAUCCCAACCCUCUUUGCACAGGAGCCACCAUCAACCCAUACAAGUUUCUUGUGCAGCUACAAUGACCUGACUGAAUUCCCCACUGUUAAACAUUGCCAGUUGUGUUCUGCCUGGUGUUUGACCCCAUUUCUCCACAAGAGAAUUUUUUACCCAUGCAUCACCUGAGCCAUUACACUCCCUGACUCAUCUCUCAUAGCCAUGUAACCACCUCUGUGCUCAUGUCUGAUGAGCUCUUGCUCUAGUCUUUUGAGUUUUGCGCUUAGAGGUGAAAGUUACUGUGGAGCUAAUGUUGAGCUGGGGAGUUGGCUGGUGGGCUUCCAUUAUCUCGUAAUAUGUCAUAACAAGAGCACAAAGAAAAGCAAACAGCAGGAGUGGCAGAGGCGCAAGAGAGAUUUCGAAUUUAAUGAAAUAUCUCCAAACAAGACUGGAAGGCAAACACCGAACAAACUCACCCACCUACCCACUCACAAAAUACACAUUGACAAGUACUAGAAAUGACAAAACUGAGAAUUACAAAAGCUUAUGCUCCCGCCAGCCCACACAAGCUUCACUGAGAGACAGAAAGAGGCAGGUUACAGAGAGGGAGAGGUGUGAAUGGGAUAUGAAAAUGGGGACUGUGGUCCAUCUUCUCUCUUGGUUUAACUGAGAGAGAGGCCUAUUAAUCCAAAAAGACAACCCAUUAGACAAGUUGUGCUGAAAUUGAGCUCUCUUAUUCAGCAGAGCAGCCAGCCACUGAGAGAAAACCACACAGUGGAAUAUCUACAAGGAAUAUUUAAUAAAAGACAGAAAAGGAGCUGUACUGGGACCUGUGGCCAGGGGGGGUUUAUGAGUUCUCACUGUGGUUUUUAAUCACAGAAACCCAGAGAAAUGUGGGGAAGAGCUUUGGUGCUGCGACAGCGACUCAGCCCACAGUGACACACAAAGAGAGGGGACAUAAUGUCAACACUUGAUAGGGAGGAAGCUUUGAAUAAUUGAUAUUGCAAAAUGUUGGCCGUGCACGACACGUGAGCGCCAUCAGCUCCAUUUGGAAAGCUGCGAAUCAGAGACAACUGUUGGCUCACACACACACACACACACACACACACACACACACACACACACACACACAAAAAUCUGCUCUAUCCAUUGAUUUCAUGUUGUUACAGCAUCAAUACAGACAUGUAGACUUGCAGACUUGUAUUGAUCUUUAAUGAAGCAGUUCAGUAGAUUCUUAAAUCAG